AUGUUUUUUCGUCUAUCUCGUAUACGUUUUAUAAUUAUACGAACUUGUAUUAUUUCAUUAAUUAUAAUAUUAUUUUUACAAUUUUCAACAUUAUUUAAUAAUAAUGAUAAUAUACAAAUAAAUAAAUAUGAUAGAUUAUUAACAUCAGAAGAAUUAUUUUGGCAAAAAUUAUAUGAUGAAGAUAAAAAUUUAACUGAUGAACAACGUAUUAAACAAAUUGAAUUAAUUAAUAAAAAUUUUAUAAAAAAAAAUUUUAAUUGGACAAAAAUAUUUUUUGAUAGUUAUACAAGAAAGUUAUUAAAAAUUAAUGAAAGAGAUAUGAAAACAAUUUAUAAAUAUCGAUUUAAAAAUAAUGAAAAAAAUAUUUUACAAGAAAAUUUUCAAAUAUUUGAAGAAACUCUCGUAUUUGAUCGUCCAAAAUUUUGUUCAUCAAAAAGUAUAUUUCAUCCUCAAUGUCCAUAUUCAAAUUGUCAAUGGAAUUGUGAUAAACCAUUAAUUAAUGAUAAAAAUAUUCGUCGUGCAAGUAUAUUUCAUCAUGUUGAUAUAAAACAAGAUGAAAUGAAUGAAAAACUUCAACAUCGUUCAUAUAAUGAUAUAUGGAUAUUAUGGAUUGAUGAAGCAAAUCGUCAAAUUGAACAUUUAAAUCAAUAUCAAUUUAAUUGGACAUUAAGUUUUCGACAAGAUUCAGAAAUUUCAAUUGGUACAUAUGGAAUUUUAAUUGAAAAAGAUGAAAAACAAAUAUUAACAAAUGAUAAUUUAUAUAAUAAUUCAGAAUUAUUUGAAAUUUUAAAAGAUCAUCAUAUUGAAGUAACUAAUAUAGCAUUAGAAAAUCAUAUUUUAUACAAUUAUCGUUAUCGUUAUAAACAUGCACUUUGGUUUGUUUCAAAUUGUCAACCACAAUAUCGUCUUAAAUAUUAUAAUGAAUUAAAAAAAUUUUAUUCAAUUAAUGCAUAUGGUUUAUGUGUUGAAAAGAAAUGUGAUAAAAAUGAUAAUUGUGAAUAUAAACAAUCUAAUUUAGCACUUUUUUAUUUAGCAUUUGAAUCUCAAACAUGUACAGAUUAUAUAACAGAAAAAUUUUGGCGUGCACUUUAUUAUGGAAUGAUACCAAUUGUUUUAGGACCAUCAAAACAAUCCUAUUUAGAUUUAGGUGUACCACAAACAGCAUUUAUACAUAUUGAUGAUUAUCAAUCAGCUAAAGAACUUGCAAAUCAUUUACAUCAAAUUACAAAUAAUUAUAUUAUUUAUAGAAAAUAUUUUCAAUGGUUAAAUCAAUAUGAUGUUUUUUAUGAUAUAAAUGUUCUUGAACCAAUUCGUAUGUGUGAAUUAUGUAUGAGACUUAAUAUGCAAGAAUUUCAAGAUCAUAGUUUUUAUACUAAUGUUCAUGAAUGGCAUCGAAAUGCAUGUUAA